UGGAGCAGCGGGGAUGGAGCAGGACGGAGGAGCAGCGGGAUGGAUCAGGACGGAGGAGCAGCGGGAUGGAUGGACGGAGGAGCUGCGGGAUGGAUGGACGCAGGAGCAGCGGGAUGGAUGGACGGAGGAGCUGCGGGAUGGAUGGCCGCAGGAGCUGAGGCAGCGGAGGCCGGAGCGGCGGGGAGCGGCGGUGCCGGGCGGGGGCUGGAAGGGGCUGCUGUGCCUCGUCCUGGCCGCGCUCCCGCUGCCCUGCGCGGGCCUUGCUCCUCUGCAGAGCCCCCAGGACCUGCAGGUGCACGUGGUGAACACCAAUUUCAGCCUGAGGUGGAGCCACUCGGGGAGCCAGCCCGGGGUGACCUUCUCAGCUCAGUACAAAUGGUCAGAGAGCAGUGCAGCAGAGUGGCAGGAGCUGCCUGGCUGUGGGAACGUCUCUGGCACGGAGUGUGACUUCUCCUCAGCCAUAACUCACUAUUAUGACCCCCACUUUGUGCGUGUGAGGGCCCAGCAAGGGGGCCGAGUGUCCCCCUGGUCCAGGAUCCUGGAAAUGGUCCCGGAUCACGAAGCUCAGAUUGGUCCACCAGGAAUAGAGUUGCAGCCCACAAAUGGAGACAUAAAAAUUAAGAUUUCUCCUCCAGAAGCAAAUCAGGGCAGAAAAAUGUGGUUAAAUGAUCUAAGCUUUAAAUACAAUCUUGUUUUCUGGGAAAAUUCAUCAAAUUCUCAGCCCAGAAGUAAAAAUAUUUUUCCCAUUGACACCAUCGAGGAUCUUGCACCAGACACCACUUAUUGUUUUAAAGUUCAAGCAAAUCUUCCUGUGGAGGGCAAAGAAGGGCUGUUCAGUCCCGUUCACUGCGUGAAAACCACCCAAAAAGUGAACGACCUUCUCUGUGCAAGAAAUCUGAGAGUCCGUGGUUUGAAUAUGGAAUUUCACCUGCACUGGGAGAAUCAGUAUAAAGAACCCGUGAGCUACAACGUCCAGUACCUCAUUGGGUAUCUGAAGAGGCUGAACGAGGAUUACUCUGGGAAGUGGGUGAGUGUCCCUGGCUGUGGGGACACCGCUGGCACUCAGUGCGACGUCUCCUCGGUCAUCACCACCACCGGCUUUUAUUACCUGCGUGUGCAGGCCAGGGCUGGCCACAACAGAUCCUGUCUGUCCACUGAAGUCAAAGUAGAUCCUCUGAAAACCAAUGAAAUUGGCCCUCCUGGUGUAAAGCUGGACAUCGGGGAUACUUUGCUCCACAUCCAGAUUUCUCCUCCUGGAGGACCUGAGGGGGAAGUCAUGAGGAACAACUAUGUCUUGUCUUACCGGAUUCUGUACUGGAAGAACUCAUCAAAUGAUGAGGAGGAGGCCAAAGUGAAGGAGACAAAACAAACCGUAGCGACGAUCCCCGACCUCGCGCCCGAGACCUUGUACUGUGUCAAAGUGCAGGCCUUCUCAGAAGCUUACAACAAAAGCAGUGGCUACAGCCAGGAGGAGUGCAUCCAAACCCCUGCAGAGAAAGCUUUCCCUCUGAUCAUUUUAGCCACGUUCAUCGUUGCCCUGGUUGCUGUCCUGCUCGUGGCCUUGCCUCUGGUGUUUGUGCUCUACCAGGCUUACAGUAAAAUCAAGUAUGUGUUCUUCCCAGCCUGCCAGCCUCCCCUGAACAUCGAGGGGUUUGGAGGACAGCUCUGCACCAGCCCUUAUCUGUCAGCUCCAGAAGAACCAAUAGAGAACUGUUCUAUAAUUGACUCUAUGGUCACGUGUGAAGGAAAUCAGAUUGAUUUUAAAGACUACAAACAUUCCAAGCAGAGCAGUCGAGACUCAGGAAAUUACUCCAACGAGGACAACACUUCAGGGAGCAAAGGCUCGGCAGAAACUCUGGAAAAGGAAAUAAUAUAGCUCUGAGGAAAGUAAAACUCAUCUGUGGGGCCGGCAGCUUGGUGGAACUUCUUUACUCUGGGAGUCACAGCCUGAGGAAGGCGCUGUGACUUUUGGGAUCGUUGUCUUUGGGCUUCCAGAUCUGCACUUUGUUGGUUGGAAAUCACCCCGAGUCACUGGAUGGACUGCACUGAUGUGUCCCCACGUGAGCAAACACUGACCUUCUGCAUGGAGAGGAGCAGAUCUGGACGCUCUCUGUACUUGAAGGCCUUGGCUCAGCACAGCCUGCGUGUUCCACAGCACAGUUUGUCUCUCUCUGUCUCCCAGGGGGUUGUGUUGGGUCCGGUGCGUGCCGGGCCAUCGCCGUCAGUCCCGGUGUCUGCUCUCCCAGUGUUUACACGGGCAGGAGGAUAUCCAUGCCGGAUACAAUCCUAAGGACUUCUUGGACAUUCUCUUCCAGCCCCUCAGGGGCUGUGCUUGUUGGUUCAGCAGGUCCAGAACAAAGUGCCAAGAGUGAUGUCAGCGAGGGGCUCCUGAGGCUCCAUGUGCAAUUCCCACUUCCUUGCUCAGUAUCCUACUCCCCAUUCCUGGAAGUGCCCAAGCCAGGUUGGAUGUUGCUCUGAGCAGCUUGGGCUGGUGGAAGGUGUCCCAACCCGUGGCAGGAGGUGGGACUGGGUGGGCUUUAAGGUCCCUCCCAGCCCAGACCAGUCUGGGAUUCCGUGAUUCCUCUGGGAUCCUCCCAGAGCACAGGGUCAUCAGGGCAAGGAUAGGGAUGGGAGGAGGCAGGAAGGAUCUUCACUGGGCUAGAAAGGGAAAUGUCGCAGUAGAACCUCUGUGAUUGGGUCCAGUUGUCCUGCAUGUGGGACCAAAGGAGCUCCCUGCAGGAGCUCCGGCCGUGGGGCUGCAGAGGGUCAGGCACAGCCUGGACUGGUGUGUGCCCCCCACUGCCUCGUAACCUAAAGGGCAAAAUGCUGACCUCUAAUUGGAUUUCACUCAGAAACAAUCUCCUGAGAAGGGUGUAACUUAUUUCUGUCAUUAGAAAGACCAAAGGUGAAUUUAGAAGAUGCCUUUUAAGAGCGAUCAGGGUGUUUGUCACUCAAAGCUGUUGCAGCUCUGUCUUGUCUUGCCAACAGAGUUUUUUGUGUACAAAUGAUCAGGAUAUGCUCCAAUAACAUUUCAAUUUACAUACCUCUGUCUGCUGGAGUAAUUUUUUUAAGUAGCUUAUUUUUUUAUGAAGAAAUCGCUUUGGAUUAAACUGGGUUUGAGCAUCAUGUGGACUUUAGUUUAUUCUGACAAGGAACUCUUGGUGUUUAUAUAUCUUUUUAAUUUUGAAUAUGUUGCCUAACUUUAUAAAUUUAAUUUCCUUGUGUUCAUUGAAGAACAUAAUAAAUUUUGCACAUUUAUUUCUUUA